AUGGUCAAAGUCUGUGUUUGCGGUGCCGCUGGUGGUAUUGGUCAACCCCUUUCGCUCUUGUUGAAGCAAUCUCCUUUGAUCACCCACCUCUCCCUUUACGAUAUUGUCAACACUCCCGGUGUUGCUGCUGACUUGAGCCAUAUCAACACCAAGUCUAAGGUCACUGGCCACAAGGGCCAAGAACAACUUGAAGAAGCCAUCAAGGACUCUGAUGUCGUUGUCAUCCCUGCUGGUGUUCCUCGUAAGCCUGGUAUGACCCGUGAUGAUUUGUUCAAGAUCAACGCUGGUAUUGUUCGUGACCUUGCUACUGCUGCUGCAAAGUUCGCUCCCAAGGCAUUCAUGUGCAUUAUCUCCAACCCUGUCAACUCUACUGUUCCUAUCGUUGCUGAAGUUUUCAAGAAGGAGGGUGUUUAUGAUGCUCGCAGAAUCUUUGGUGUUACUACCUUGGAUAUCGUUCGUGCCUCCACCUUUGUCUCUGAAUUGAUUGGUGCCGAUGCCCAAAGCUUGAAGGUGCCUGUUGUUGGUGGCCACAGUGGUGUUACCAUUCUUCCUCUUUUGUCCCAAGUCCAAGGUACCAAUGCUCUCUCCGAGCAACAAAUUGCUGAUGUCACCCACCGUAUCCAAUUUGGUGGUGAUGAAGUUGUGAAGGCUAAGGAUGGUGCUGGUAGCGCCACUCUCUCCAUGGCUUAUGCUGGUGCUCGUUUCGCCUUGAAUGUCAUUGAAGCUGCUUUCAACGGUGGCAAGGGUAUUGUUGAAUGCACCUAUGUCAGCCUUCAAGCUGCUGGUGCUGAAGCUGCUCAAUCCGUCAAGGACCUUUCUGGUGACGAAUCCCUUGAAUACUUUUCUUUGCCUGUUGAGCUUGGUCCCAAUGGCGUUGAUAAGGUUUCCCCUGUUGGUGCUGUCUCGGACUUUGAGAAGAAGCUCUUUACUGCUUGUGCUCCCGAGCUCAAGGGCAACAUCACCAAGGGCACUGGUUUCGUCAAGCAAGAGUAA